AUGUUUUGUGGAAGCGGAAAGUUUGGAUGGGGAAAAGCCAAUGUCAAAUAUAAAACUCAUAAUAUUCCAUGUACUGCAAAAGACUUCAUCUUUAACGUAUUCAAAGCUAAUGGAUAUUCGACAGCGCUAAUCAGCAACAUGUGUGUGGACUAUAUUGGUGAUUACUAUGGUCGAACUUCAGCAUAUCAUGUUGAUUAUGAGAGUGUAAUGUGGUCAUGUCAUCCGGAAUACGAUGUCGAUGGGCAAUGGAAUAGUGUCGUUGGCCCGUAUGGCGUAAAAAGACGAUGUAUAGACGGAAGAUAUGUGCACAGCUAUCAACUAGAUGUUAUCAAAGAUUUUGUGCAGAAGCACGACUCAAAACAUCUUCCGUAUUUCUCGUUCGUCUCAUUCAUUGAAGGACACGAGCCGAGUAUGGAGGUUGUGGGAAUGGUCGAUCAGGAGUUGAGCACACUUGUGCAAUAUUUAACAUCAAACGAGCUAAAUCAGCCACCAAUCAUUCUACUGGUAGCUGACCAUGGUCUACACUACGGACCAAUGUUUCAGCAAACGACAGCUGGUAAAAUGGAAUGGAGAUUACCCAUCUUAAUAGCCAUCACUCCAAAUCAAUACUUAUCUGAUACAACAAAACAAACUCUGAUCGAAAACGAAUACCAUCUAGUGACGCCAAGAGAUCUUUAUUGGACAUUGUAUAAUAUGGCGACCGAUUCCAUAUCAAAACCACUUCACACAGAUGAUCUGAGACGACCUAGCUUAUUCCAUAAAUUGUCAUUUGAAAGAGAUUGUGUGUCAGAAGGAAUACCUCAACAUCUAUGUGCUUGUAGUCAAGAUGGAAUUAAAAUUAAUCCAUCAUUGUAUGUGAAUGAAACAUCCACAUGA